GUUUCAAAUGCAGGUGUAUAACCGUGCUUUCAUGACAGUUUCGUAGGUAGUUAUAAUUAGCCAAAACUUUGCGCAGAUAAUAAUAUUUUACUUAUUUGGAAACGCUAUAUCAUAAUGCAGCUGGAAAAUAAAUUUACAUGGGCGGAUUACACGAUCUUCGUCAUAUCGUUGUUGGUAUCCCUUGUAAUUGGUAUAUACAUGACGUUCUCGGGAAAAAAGAAAAAGACUGUCAAAGAUUUCUACCUUGGGGAUCAAAAGCUUAACUACGUUGCCGUUGCGCUCUCGACCGCUGCAACUUAUUUGUCGGCUAUCGGGAUUUUAGGGAUUCCGGGUGAGGUAUACACAUUUGGAUUCAGUUAUGGAUUCAACACGAUCUACAAACUUUUCAUGCAUCUCACAUGUUUGUUUGUGAUAAUUCCCUUUUUUUAUAACCUUCAACUGCCCAGCGUGUACGAAUAUUUCGAGCAUCGGUUUCAUCGCUCUUUGCGCUUGCUUGCAUGUGGUUUAUUCAUUAUGAACAUGAUGUCAUAUAUGGCAGUUGUCCUUUAUGCUCCAGCAUUAUCGUUAAGUCAAGGUAUGCAACUGCAGCUCUGCAAACAGGACUUUACAACAAGUCGGCACUCAAGCAACUGCAAAGCUGUGAUUAUACGAGUAUUACCGCAUGAUAGCCCGCAUCUACAGAAGCUUAUGCCACGAUUUUUUGCAGUCUCCGGUUUACCAAUCUGGUCAGCCAUUUUAGUCAGCGGGCUUAUAUGCACAAUAUACACCGCACUAGGUGGAAUUAAGGCCGUAAUCUGGACAGAUGCAUUUCAGAUGAGCGUAAUGGCGGUUGGAAACAUUGCGGUGUUUGUCUUCGGUAUUGUAUCAGCCGGUGGCGUCAACAAAGUGUGGAGCACUAACUACGAUGAAGGAAGAUUAGGCAUAAGUUAUAAUUUCGAUCCCACAAUUCGUCACACAUUUUGGUCUGUCGUUAUUGGAGGUUAUUUCACCGGUGGAUUACCCUACAUAUUGAAUCAAUCUCUCGUGCAACGAUUUCUUUCCGUCAAGUCACAACGAACGGCGCAGAAGAUGUAUGCAAUUAAUAUCCCCGUUGUGUGGAUUUGGGAAUGGAUACUCCUGAUAAUGGGUUUAGUCAUGUAUGCAUACUACAAAGGCUGCGAUCCGCAAAAAGCCGGCAGGAUCGAAAGGCCUGAUCAGAUGAUGGCCAUAUUUGUCCAGGAUACGUUAUCGCGUUUUAUGGGGUUCCCGGGACUGUUUCUAGCUGUGGUAUACAGUGCUACAUUAAGCACCGUUUCAUCAGGAGUCAAUAGCGUGGUAAUGGUGCUGAAUGAAGACUUCAUCAUGCCAGUACUUCGCCGUAGAACCAAACUUCGAGACGAAACAACGGUUCGAAUUUCAAAAUUUCUCUCAUUUUGUGUCGGAUUUUUGGCGAUCGGUAUGGCUUUCGGCGCCUCGGCUAUGGGAAAACGAUUAAUGCAACUAUGCUUAACCAUAACCGGACUCUGCAGUGGGCCCAUUGUGGGUCUUUAUAUAUGUGGCACUUUACUUCGAUUUUGCAAUACAAAGGGCGCAUUGACUGGUGUACUUAUUGGAAUCGCUUUGAGCUUCUGGAUUGGUCUUGGAGCUUUCGUAGCACAGUUACCGCAGGUGACCUUUCCGGUUAAUGCCGACUCGUGCAAUUUCGAUCUUUCCGGGCCAUUCCAGAACCAAACGUCUAAUCUGACCCAAAGGAUUGCUUUGGGUGCGAUUGAAACUGCACGCAAUUGUAACUAUACGGAUAGUCCGCCCAAAUACUCACUUGAAUGCCUUGCGACUCCAACAAGUACUCCUGAAUUAUCCGGUUUAGAUGUUUUGUACAGUAUAAGCUAUCAAUAUUACGGGUUCAUUGGCGCAUUCACCACCAUAAUUAUUGCCACAUUAGUCAGCUGCCUUACAGGCGGCAUGGGUUCCCAGAUUAUCCCAGAGAAAUUUUUUUUGUAUAGCAUAUUUACCUGCUCUAAUAGGGAACGAAGGGUUGCCACCGUCAACAACACGGAAUAUAUUACUAUUUCGCAAUUUGAAAGCGGUAAUACACCGCUGGGAAACCUUGUCGACGCUGAUAUAAAAUGAUCCCUUAUAUUUGUAAUUUUACGAGUAUGAUCUGAUGCAAAGUGCUACAGUAGUAAAUAAAAUACUCUGACAAGCGA